UCAACGUCACGCACUCGGGCCGCCAUUUUGACUGAGCAACCAUAGUGACAGGAGCCGAAGCAGCAGCUCAGGUUUUCCCCGUUUCCCCUCCCCCUCCCCUUUUCCGGCUGACUUCCCGGGCCCUGAAUUGCACAGUCCCGGUCCUGCCAUGUCACAGAAACAAGAAGAAGAGAACCCUGCGGAGGAGACUGGCGAGGAGAAGCAGGACACCCAGGAGAAAGAAGGUAUUCUCCCUGAGAGAGCUGAGGAGGCAAAGCUAAAGGCCAAAUAUCCAAGCCUAGGACAAAAGCCUGGAGGCUCCGAUUUCCUCAUGAAGAGACUCCAGAAAGGGCAAAAGUACUUUGACUCAGGAGACUACAACAUGGCCAAAGCCAAGAUGAAGAACAAGCAGCUGCCGAGCGCAGGACCGGACAAGAACCUGGUGACCGGAGACCACAUCCCCACCCCACAGGACCUGCCCCAGAGAAAGUCCUCGCUCGUCACCAGCAAGCUUGCGGGCGGCCAAGGUGAAUGAUGCUGCCUGGGGCUCCACCAGAUCGGGAGACGCCGCCCACUUGGGGUCCUGUGCUGGCUCCUGCCCCCACCCUGCUUUUGCAGCCAGGGGUCAGGAGGUGGCCUGGGUGCAGGCUAGAGAGGCAGAGAUCCCUGCCCACUGGUGUCCCAGCACAUGGAGCCCCUUGGGCUGAGCACCAAGACCUUGAACUUUUUUUUUUUUUCUUCCUUUUUUUCCAAAUACUUGUUGGGAGAAAUUUCAUUGAAAUCCCAAGGGUGGGGUUGAGGGGGUGGAAGAUGUAGGGGGAAUGAAUUAGGAUUUGUAGCUGAUAAAAAAGAAAAUUUCCUAUCAUUUCUCCUUAACCACAGGUUUGGGACGGUUGUAAGGUGAAGGGUUAUCAGCAGACUGAUGAUAAGGCUUCUUGGUGCAACUCUGAAGUAUAGUACAUUAUUUGAAUGUGGCUGGUGAGCUGGAGUCAGAGAAAAGGAAUUAUGCUCUUCACAGUACACAUAGUCUCUCUGGUUCUGCAGAGCCAGCUGAGGGUUCAGUGUUAAUUGUUCCUUAAAAAAAGAGUACUGUCCCUUGAAACAGGUUUGCUCUGGGGAGAAGGGCAGUGAGUGGGGAGCCCCACAGACCCCUGGGGGAUUUUUUUUCAGUAUUUGAAAUAAAACAAGAAUAACAAAAAACACCCAUGGAAAAAACCAAA